AUGAAGUCAUACGAGUCCGCCGCAGCUCUCAUCCUGGUCCUGCUAUCACCAGUGUAUGGCUUGGGCAUCCCAACCCCGAUUUCCACUCCGAGCCCGCUUCACCAGCCCGUUCACCCCGACUGCAGUCAGUUCUACCAAGCAAAAGCCGGUGACGACUGUGAAAGCAUCUCCGACGCCAACUCAAUCUCUUCCUUGGACUUUGUCUGGUUCAACGGAGGCCUCGAUCACUUGCACUCAUGCGAUGAGGAAGAAAUCAAACCCGGUACAUGGUAUUGCGUCGAAGUCGGCGACAUGAGCUCCGCAGUCUCAACCGUCACCGCCGUAGAACCCAAGGCUACGAUUGAGAAGAGAAAAAUGGUUAUUUCGAUACCGGUGCCGUCCUAUAUCAUCGCUCUUAGAUCGUCAACCACGUUAAGGCCUAGAUGGGUUGCCAGCAAAACCGGCGGGACACCACCAGCCAAGCCCACAGGAUACCUUCCAGGCACAUUUGGAACCGCGGGCUUUCACACAAGGACCUCAACCGCGCCCAGAAUCACUGUCCCGCCGGAGCCGGCAUGCCUACCGGACGAGUGUGCCGCCGGGUUCCAGGCCGCCGUUGGCACCGCGGCGGCUUCUCAGAGCCAGUUCUGCGCCAGGGUCCUCGGGACCGAGUGCCGUCCGUAUGAGCUCCGGGGCAUGGGCCUGCCGUUGUCGCUAUAUAGCGUGUGUACCCAACGCGAUGUGUGCCAAGAUGUCUCGUCUGCCUGUUCUUGCUGGACAAAUGGUCAAAUGACUUGGCACCCGACCCGCGGUCAGUCAUGGGGGCGGAAGUAUCUGAAUAUGAAGGUUCCUGCGAAUCUCAUCCACUGA